GAUCGACAUUCUAAAGGUUACUCAGUUCCAGAGGUGGAUAUCCAACAGAAUUAUACAUUGAUUUCACUUGAAGAGAGAAACGGAAAAACUGUUAUGAGUUUCAAAAGAAUGUUUGACACGUGUGAUCCACAGGACAACAAGAUUGAGGCUGGAACUACAAAAGUGAUUUAUGCCUACCACAUGGAUGACCCAACCUCAGAAGAAGAAAUAGCCCCGCACAAGAUAGGACACAAGGGAUCAAGGAGUCUGUUGUUGCUAAACAGCCUUGAAACAAUACCGACCUUACCACCAGAUACUGAGACAUUCGAUAUACGACAUAACGAGACCGCUGUUCCAACUGAACGAACGAGCUACAUAUGCAGAGCAUUUGAGAUUCCAAAAGUUAACGAAACGCAUCACAUUGUUAUGGUUGAGCCAGUAAUUCAAGCGGGUCAUGAGGGCAUCGUACAUCACAUGUUAUUGUACGAGUGUAGCGAUCACUACCCAACACAACUCUUGAAUUAUACCGGCGCGUGUUAUAGCUCUAACAUGCCUCCCCCUGGGAGAGAGUGCGCAGGAGUAUCAACAAUUGCUGCAUGGGCUAUUGGUGGAAAGGAAUUUUAUUAUCCCGAGAAUGCUGGAUUUCCGAUAGGAAAAGCUGACAGCCCUAAAGUCGUCAUGUUAGAAAUACAUUAUGACAAUCCUGAGAAAAAAGAAGGACUGAAUGACAGCUCUGGCCUAAGGUUCUAUCACACAAAGCAACUCAGACAGUAUGAUGCAGGGGUGCUGAUGGUUGGAGAAGGGGUUUCAAGGUCCAUGAUUAUCCCACCAAAACAGAAUGCUUGGCAGUCGGAUGGUUUCUGCCUCAAAGAGUGCCUGAAGGAGGGAAUGAAAGACUCCAAACUGCCAAAAGGAGGAAUAAAUGUGUUUGCUGUUUUGUUGCAUACGCAUCUGACGGGCCGCAAAACCUGGGUUCGUCACGUGAGAGGUGAUGUGGAGUUACGAGAAAUAGCUCGAGAUGAUCAUUAUGAUUUUAACUUUCAGGAGUAUCACUCAUUGAGGAAGGAGGUUCACAUUGCUUCGGGAGAUUCGUUGAUUAAUGUUUGCAUUUAUAACACUGAGGACCGACAGACAAAAACAGUGGGUGGACUUUCUACAACUGAUGAAAUGUGCUUGUCAUUUCUGAUGUAUUAUCCCAAAGUUAACCUCACAAAGUGUGUGUCCGUGGACUACAGCGCUUACCAAUCAUGGGAAACGGCGUAUAACAAAGGUGGCGAUCAAGCACAACUCAGCUUCUGGACAAACGCAGUCAACAAUGGCUUGAGGGAUGCUUACCAGGGUUCCAAGAAGGCGUUUGCAAUCUGCCAAGCGCGCGCGCAUCUACCAAUACAAGGCGUUGACAGGGAACAACAUUCAAAGCCAAUAAUCAAUAGUCCCUAUAAACCAGAAGUGGUUUGCCCUUCAGCACGACCGCCAUCAACAAGACCGACCACUUCGAAAAACGUUGCCAUAGACAACAGAGGUGCUACAAGUUACCUACUGCUUCUCUCUACAUACAUAUACCUGGCAGCCUUUGCUGAACUCUAGAUCUCUUGGUACUUUGGCAGAAAAAACUUUGUUACCCGAAUUCGAGUAACAUAUCGCAUAAAGCCAAAUCAAAACGAGAUGACUGUGUUUGACAGCUUUAAAUGAUAUAUACGUAGUGUGCGUUAAUUAGUUCGGAACUGAACUGGUCAACAUUUAACGUCGGGGAGGAGGGGGGAGGAGAGGGAGGGAGAGGAUUCUGGUUGUGUCGCAAAAAAAUUAACUGAUCCGCUAAAAGGUUCUGUAACAUUUAUAAUCCCUCUUAUUGGCAGUUAAUAUUGUCAGUCAAUUAUACCCCCCACCCCCUUCGCACUAUGUCGGAAACGACUUAUCCCCAAAGAAUCCUCCCUCCCGCCCCCUCCCCCUGAGUGAUUAAAAGUGACUAGUUCCUUUCAAGUGAUAAAUAGCAGCGUUCAGCAUUUAGCAUUUAGCAUUCAGCAUUCAGUAUUCAGCAUUCAGCAUUCAGCAUUCAGCAUUCAGCAUUUAACACUUAGCACUUAGCACUUAGCAUUUAGCAUUUAGCAUUCAGCAUUUAGUUUUCAGUCUUCGGCGUUUAGCAUUUAGCAUUCAGCAUUCAGCAUUCAGCAUUCAACAUUCAGCAUUUAGCAUUUAGCAUUUAGCAUUCAGCAUUCAGCAUUCAGCA